AUGAUCGGCAAUCCGUGCGCUAUUUGUCGCGACAUCAACAAGAGGGUUCGACAUUGGGUGGGUGUGCGGUGUUUUGAUGACGACAUGAGAGCAAGCACGGAGAGCGGCGCUCGCCUCCACGAAUACCUGUCAGUUUUGAUCUGGCUUCCAACCAUGAAGUGUCGCACAACGUAUAGCAGCAAGAAGAAGAUGGAACUGGUGAGGUCAAUUCGCGAGGGAGGCAACAUUGAAGCUAUUGGCGAGGAGAGCGGUGUUCCAGCUCGAAACUUGUUCCGCAAGGAAAAGGCUCUUCAAAUGGCCGCACUAGCGUGGACAAGUUGCAAUUUCAACAGCAAUAUAUCAUCUGGAUUUCAGAGCUGCGGCAUUUUUCCGUUAAGUCUUGAAAAAAGGCACGUGAAGCUACUCAAUUUCCAACACAACGGAGUUUCCGCUACCGUCAAAAAGACUUCUUGUCUGCGAUACAAGGAGACAGUGCAGCACGAUAUCUUGCUUCUGCAUGCUCGCCAACAAAAGCAGAGUAGGAAAAGAAAAACCAAGACAGUGGCUGGUAGAUUGCUAACGCGUGAGAUGCUUCAGCAACCUGACCAGCCCUCCCAACGAAACGCGCCGAAGCGAACAAGAAAAUCGCAUAGAGACAGUAUUUCUACAAAAACGACAGCGAGUGGUAUGCACCACCAGGACCAGGAGCUUCAUCAAAAGCAAUACCACGAUCACAACCACGAGAACGAGCACAAACACGAAGAGGAACAAGGCAUGAAGAGCGAAUUGGUGCUAGUGCAGCAGCAGUCAGAAGUUGCUAGCAGUGAUACGGUUCUGUUCGAGCUUCCUAUUGUGCUCGCCUCCCGCUCAUUUCGGCGAGCAUGGUAUCCUGGUGCCGCUCUCGCCCGACUCGCGAUUUGA